UCCUCACGAUAAAAAGCCUAAGCCAAUCUCCCCCAUAAUUUUCAACCUUCAUUCAACUCUCAUCCUCAUUUUCUCUCUCUUCCUCCUUCUUCAACCUCCGUCUCCUGCAAUUUCCGCCGUCGGACUGAAAUUUAGGGUUUCUCUCUCUGGCCAUGGCUUCCAAGCGGAUCUUGAAGGAGCUCAAGGAUCUCCAGAAAGAUCCUCCUACUUCUUGCAGCGCCGGUCCUGUUGCUGAAGAUAUGUUCCAUUGGCAAGCAACAAUAAUGGGUCCUGCAGAUAGCCCAUAUGCUGGGGGAGUGUUUCUAGUGACAAUCCAUUUCCCUCCUGACUAUCCAUUUAAACCACCCAAGGUUGCCUUCAGGACAAAAGUUUUCCACCCAAAUAUCAACAGCAAUGGUAGUAUUUGUCUUGACAUCCUAAAGGAGCAGUGGAGUCCUGCAUUGACCAUAUCGAAGGUAUUGCUGUCAAUUUGCUCGUUGUUGACGGAUCCAAACCCAGAUGACCCACUUGUGCCAGAGAUCGCUCACAUGUACAAGACAGACCGAUCAAAGUACGAAGCAACUGCAAGGAGCUGGACGCAGAAGUAUGCUAUGGGUUAGUCUGCCUUGUAGGUGGGGGAUAAGAUAAGGACCACCCUCCCUCCAUUGUGUAUAAAAUGGCAACUCAUUCUUCAAUGUUAAAAAACUGUUGCAGCAGACAUUUAAAAUUGGAAUUCUUGCUACUACUACUUGAGGUCAAAAGCAAACGCUUUACAUUUGUCUGUUGGAACUGAGUAUUGUGUUAAUUUGAAUCUGUUGAAUUUAUCUUAGUUUUUGUGCUUCUCUAAUGAGGGAGUAAUAAGAACUUACGGUUUACUA